AUGUACCAGAUAAUAGUCUUCUUACUUGCUUUGGUCUCGUUCGUUCCGCACUCGUUGGCACAAAAUUGCGAUCCCGCGGUGUUCACACCAGCAAGUGCUCCAUUAAUAACGAAAACCUCGUCGUAUAAUGGUGUACCCAUCACAUUAACCGGAACGUUGUCGAUACUCGAUGGUUGCCGUUUCCAAGUUGAUGGUUUCACUUAUACCACUGCUCUCCCACUGUCAUUCUGGUUUGGAUCCAAUGGCCUUGAUAGUACAGGAACUCAAAUAGUCCAGGCCCAGGUGGCUCAAGUCGCCAAUCCUGCCAACAUACAGUACCAACUAAUGAAUGGCACGAAAUUCGAUAGCUUUAAUACCAUCUUGCUGGCGUCUAAGGCAGAUAAUGUAAUCAUAGGAUACGCACAAAUUAGUAAGCCCAAUCAAACCACCACUAACAAUGGUACUGGUUCGACACCGCCUAAUCAUGGAUCAAGCAGAAGCAUGAACGAAGGUAUUAAUGGCUUCGUCAUCGGUGCUGGAAUGCUGUUGGUUGCUACGUUCUUUGUUUUUCAAUGA